AUGAUUGCAGAUGCGGAGUUUUGGAACCUGAGGAAGGAGCGCAGGUGCGCCAGCUUGGACGCACCUGCGAGCCCGCAGGUGCGAGGUCUGGCCACAGAUGCAGAGUCUGGGCGAUUAAGUGGAUUGCACAGGUGCGGCGAUUGGACCGCAGGUGCGGUCCUGCAGGAACGAGAAAUUGGCCGCAGGUGCAGAAAGCUUGGGCAGAAGGUAUAUAUUGCACACUUCGCGAAUUUUUGUGUAUUCUUCACCAUUGCUAUUCGGAUUUUGAAGCUUUUGGAGAGUUUUGAAGAGGGAAUCAAGGGGGUUUUCAUUGAAAUAAGUUACUUGAGCCUAAUACACGUGAUUAUGCUCUUCUGGUGUUUCCGCAACUGCGGAAGAGGAGUCGUAGGUGCAAGGGUCGCAGGAGCGGAAAAUGAUCGCACAUGUGGAGUUUUGGAACCUGAGGAAGGAGCGCAGGUGCGCAAGCUUGGAUGCACCUACGAGCCUACAGGUGCGAGGUCUGGCCACAGGUGCGGAGUCUGGGUGGUUAAGUGGAUUGCGCAGGUGACAUUGUCUGGUCUGCUGAACUUAAUAGAUGGCUUGUGGUCAAGUUGUGGAGACGAAAGAAUUAUAAUUUUCACAACAAAUCACGUGGAAAAGCUCGAUCCUGCAUUGUUGCGACCAGGUCGCAUGGAUGUGCACAUUCAUAUGGCAUAUUGCACUCCUUGUGGCUUUAGGCUUCUUGCUUCCAAUUACCUUGGGAUAAGAGAGCAUCAACUAGUUGAAGAAAUAGAGGAGUUGAUUGGAAAUACGGCAGUGACACCAGCUGAGGUUGCAGAGCAGCUGAUGAAGGAAGAUGAAGUUGACAUUGCACUUAAAGGCUUGAUUGAUUUUCUUCAUAAAAAGAGGAAAGAACAGGAAGAGACAAGGCUCAAAGUACUCAAGAGGAAGAAAAAUAAGUAG